UGGAAGCUUUGACAAAUAUGAAAAAAAUUAUUUGAUUUGCUUUCAGUAGAUUUAUGAAUUUCAUGCAAGCAUUGCAAAUAUAUUAAAAAUAUGAAUUUUACGAAUUCCGUAAGUGUAUCUGUGGAAACGACAUGUGAAAGUCAAAUUCAAGAAAUCCAAUAUGAUGGCACUGAGAUCUACCAACCACCUCCAACGCUGUCGGAAACAUUGGCUAAGUGUGCGGCGAAAAUAGAUUUUAGCAAAACCUCAUUAGAUGAUUUAAAAAAGGAAGAAAAGAUCACUGCCGAAGAGUGUGAUAAAGAUACCGCUCUCUUCCAACCUAGUUUAUGGCCUUGGGAUUCUGUUCGAAACAAAUUAAACGAUGCUUUAACGGAAAUUUGUGUGUUAGCUGAUGUUUUAUCUAUAGCUAAGGAUAAGCGUUAUUUAGUAUUGGAUCCAGUGCCUGAAGAGCAGGAAGAAACCAAAGCGAUUGUUCAGGUGUAUAGUCGUAAGAAAGCCUUGGGACAAGCAGCUCAGAUACUUUUAAGCGGUGCUGAACGUCUGCGUAAUUCACAUACGGAACAGAGAAAUCGUAAUGUGGCUGAUUUUCACAUAGAAUUAUUACGACUGAGACAAAAUUGGCGAUUGAAAAAAGUAGGUAAUUCAAUUAUAGGCGACUUGAGUUAUCGUACAGCCGGCUCCAAAUUCGGUAUGAGUGGCACUUUUGAGGUAACUAAAGCCGAAGAGAUAGUAGACGAAGAACCAAGUACAAGUUUAUCCGCAUUGACGGGAAGCGGUAAUAACAAUGGCUUACUUAAUCCUUCACCUAAAAACAGUUCCGCAUUGAGAGUAAUUGUGCCGGCCGAAUUACAAGGAGUUGCUUACUUCAAAGUUAUUACUCAAAAAGAUCAGGAAGAUUUGUGUACGGCCACAGUAAAUUUGAUUGGCCAUGGCCCUAAUAUAACGCAGCAGGGUUACGGUGUAUGGCAGAAAACUAUUGAAGAUGCCCAAAACGUAUUAUUUUGUAAAGAAUUAUUCAGUCAGUUGGCCCGUGAAGCUAUACAACUACAAGCACCGAUACCACAUGUGGUCGUAAGCAAUCAAAUACGAGCUACUUUGUUGCCAGGCAUACAGUUGAUUAUUUCACUUUGCCAUUCCACUACGAUAGACAACAGCCAGCCAACACCCAUUAAUGAUCACGAUCACGAUCAUGUUUUAGAGCAUUCCUUACAUCAAUUAUUGCGUGAAGUUCAUCAUAAAAAUUCCCACCAUCCAUUUCCGCAUCCAGCCAGCGGUCCUUUGGGGCCUAGUAAAAAGCGCAUGUUAGCAGGCCCUUUGGCAGCCGAUCGUCAAACUGUUCUCGACAUGACAAAAACGCAAACGAUUUUAGAACAAAUUAUCGCUCAGGCUCAGCACAUUUUUAUGCGUAAACGCACUCAGUACGUUUUGGACACUCUGGCCCGCGACGUCAAAGAUCCACAAAUUGUAUCACACUGGAACGGCAUGUCGAAACCAACUAUGUCUUGUGUCAAAAUCAAUAUUGUUACACAUGGCUAUGACACAAUAUAUAGAACAUCCCUCAUGAUACACGUACAUGAACGUUCUUUAAAAGUCAUAUGUCGUGAUGGCCGUGUCAUGUAUCUUUCGUAUGAACCACAGGAACUACGUGAUUUGAUACUCUGCCAAAUAAAUUCCCACCAAAUCUCAUGUUUAAUCAAUUUGGCUCGGUGCAUGGCAUGGCCCGUGAUAUCAAACAGCAAUCAUUUGGGCAUUGGUAAAGUGGAACCAUUGGGCAAUGCGAGUUCUUGCCUAUUGGCCUCGCCGAACAGUGAUCGAAUGAUAGCUGUGCAAAUUCGUUGCACACAAUCGCAAAUGGAUAUUAAAGUAUACAUAGCGCGUAGUCCACGCCACGAUUUUUUUCCCAGUCCCUUGGUGCCAGAGAAAUUCUGGGAGAAUUUGGGAGGCCACUUUAAAGAGGUACGCUUUGAUAAAAUUGAAGGUAAAAGUUUUCUCAACAAAAUCGAAUUUUUGAUGGCCUCACUAAAUAGUAAUAAUGCGUCAUGAGAAUAAGAAAUUGUAAUCCAAUUCAAGAAAUAAAGUCUCAUAAUAUUAUUAGUUAAGUAUAUA